CCCACGGGCCUGGAGAGGAGUUCUGGGGACAAUAGGGCUCGGCCUGGGGACCAGGGGCUUGGUCGUUCUGCUCGAUGACCUGGGUGUUGGGCCUCCUAUUCGCCCGGCAAAGGACAAUAGUAUGAUCAGAGAUAAAGUUACAGUCAGAUUUCGUUGCAGUUGAUUCUCCUUUUAAAACAGGGAUUUAACGACUUGGGAGCCACUCGUCAGACAGUUUAAGUUUAGAUUCAUGCAUUUUAUAUCCUUGUGUUUUGCAUCAAUAGGUUUUCAUUGACACGUCACUGGGUGCGAUCAUUAAGAAACUGGGACGCUUACGGUGCUGCGAACCCGAAUGAAAAUGUCUUACUUAGCACAUGAAGUUGAACUGAGCAAACGUCAUGAAAAAAUAUUGAGUCUAAGAGCAACAUUGCUUCAGCAAAUGGAAGACCAGCUUGAAAGUCAGGUAAAGGAGAAAAAACUGCAAGCAAUAAAGUUUGAGUCAGCAAAUGAGAGAAACAAAUUACUUUUAAAAGAUCUAGAAGCAGCAGAGAAAAACCUAAGGGCUGGAGUACAUAUACAACUGCAUCCAGCUGUCAUUGCCCUUGAGACCAAAUACUGGGCAUCCAUUGAAGAACAACUUCCUAAAUGGGAACAGCUUUUUCUGGGACAAACAAGAAAUCCAGUUGAAGUAAGGAAUGCAAGACACAAACAAUCACAGAAUGAGUUGCUACAAGAUAAAGAUACCAUUCAAAUUACUAAUUUACCCUCUCCGGUAUCAACUUUCAAGACACCACCUCGGUUUCCUCAAUUAUGGAAACAAAAAAAGCAAACUCAUAAAACAUGAUGGCUGAUACUAAAAUAUUUCUAUCAUCAAUAUGGUUUGUGAAGAUGUCGUAACAAAUGUUGGUAUUGAACUGAAUGAUUUGGACACACUCAUGUAACCCAUAUCCAGAAUGCUAAUUUUGUUAGCCCUUUACAACCAGUGGGCUUAACAGAAAGCAAAGCUGGAGUAAGAUCUGUGCCUUCUUUAGAACCUGUAAUUAAUUUGCACUGUUUUAAAAAUAUCUUUGACAUUCAAAGACAUUUUUUUUUUAAAUCCAAAGGAUUUGGAAAGAAAGACUACAAAUGCUGGAGUUUAGAACAAAAAAAAUCUGUAAAGAUCUUUCUUGUUAGUUAUACGUGGACCUUGACCCAAAAUGUGGACGUAAAAAUCACCAGACCUAGUGCAAAACAUCAGGGAAUUUUAAACUAAAACAUAAUGUUAAGUGUUAGUGUAUUUUCUGCUGAUUUAAAAGACAUUUUGCUUGCCGCACCAAUUAAAGUAAUGAAUUGUUCUUUGUAGUUAUUUCUAAUUUUUAGGGGCUUAAUUAGCUGAAGAGCAUGAUGCUAAUUGAAGGGCUGUUUUGUCAUAAUUAUAACUUCAACUGUUUGAAUCAAAUAGUGCCAGAUUAAAAAUCAGAAAAUUAUGUUAAUGCCAAGGAGAAGUUAUAGGGGUAGAAGGGGGAGGUGAAUGUUUUAUGUGAUUCUAUUGUUUUAUGGAAAGACUUUAAGCUUGUAAUUAUACAGAUGAUUUGGAUGAAAACUUGAACCAUAACUUCAUCUCAAUAAAGUAGUCAAAACAUUUGGAAUAAUUUCAUAAUUAUGCUAAAAAUAAUAACUCUGCCCCUCUUAGCUCAGUCAGAUUAUGAAAUUAUGUCCAGGAAAGAUCAUUUAGCAUUAUUUUUAACCAGUUUUUAAUUUCUUCAUAAUUCAGUCACUACUUUAAAAGCCAGCUUAUUGCCCAUCCCCAAUUAUCUCUGACAAGGAGGUGUAACACCUAGGAAGCAAACUUGUGAGCUUGUGCUUUCUGUGCAUUAAUAUCUGUGUUUUAGAUAUAAACUAUUAAAUUCAGCUUUGUGAGCAAAUCUGAUACUACGACUACUUCAAUCAGCAGUGCUAAUUUUAUUCAUUUUGACUAUAUCAAGCAUUUAAUUGGUGUGUGGGUCAGCUGAUUUGAUGAAUGACUUAAAUUCCACAGAUAUAUUUUUGAUGAUCUUUUUUUCUAAAAUAUCUUGAGUUAGAUUUUAAUCAAUAUAAGAGCCUAUUUCUCAUUUGUAUACAUGCAUUUAACAUGCUAUUUAAGUUCAAAUGCGAAUACUGCAUAUAAAUAUUGAUAUGGGUAGUAUAUACCAAAGGUAUAGUGUGGGCUAUCAUAAUGGUGGAUUUUGGAAAAGAAUGAAAAUGUAGAUGGAUACUAAGACGUCCGAUAGGUAAAUGCACCAGCUCGCUUGGUAAUGAACCAUCUAUUCCGAGAACAUUCCAAAUUUAAUUCUCAGCGUGUGUUUACAUAAGUGAUUGGUAUAUAGCACUGUUAUCAACCUCUGCACAAGGGAUGGUGGAAAAAAAAACUUUUCUGUGUCCUGUGAUUCAUGGUGGAUAGAGGAAUAUUUUAAAAUAUAUUUAAUCAUUUUCUUUACAACCGGUAUGUGAUUCAUCCAGCAGUAUGGUUUUAUCCUUAAUAUACUACUGCUACUUAAUGCAAAUAUUAUUCUUUAUCAAUGAGCCCUGAAUUGUUGCAAAUUGAUGGCAUUACGGAGAUAGUACUGUUCAAACCGAGAUUCUCAAAAGUCCUGUUUUUUAAAUGUUUCACUGGACAUGCGAGAGCUUUGGCUUACUUUUUCACAUCAUCCAGUGCCAUGGAGGUCAAUAAUAGUGCCAGUGCAUCAGUCGGCUCAGUAAACACAAUUUGGGAAUUAAACUUGGAAUGUUCUCGUUCUGCACAUUUCAUUGCCAUGCCAGCUGGUGCUAUUUACUUGCUGGCCUUCUCUGUACUCAGCUGUAUUGUAUUCAUUUAAAGAACUCUACUGUGAAUGAUAGCGUAUGUUAUUUUUGAGGUUUAAGUACAUAUUGAUUUAUCCAUGCGCAGUAUCAGUCAUUGAAGCUUUUGUAUCUUUGAAAAUUGUUUAUUGUAUUGAUUAAGGGAUUUUUUGGUGAUGUUAUUUACACCAGAUGUGGAGGUUGUUGAUGGGAGAAGAAAAAAAAUCAUACAUCCUAUUUAACUGUUAUAUUUCUGGUCUCCAGUGAUGAACAGUGAAAUUAUUUAGAUUGAACGGAAUAAGUGAUGAAGAUGUUAAAUGAAGGAAAUUAGGAUUUAGCCAAUCUGAUUGAGGAACGUUAGUUCUAGAAAAAAAUGUAUCCGGUCUCUUGGAGAUGUUUUGGUUAUCUUAAGGUAGGAUUUUUAUAUGAGGCUUAUUUUGAGUUGUGUUUUCCAUGUAUUUCCAUAUACUGAAUCGAACACCACAGGAGCCAACAAUUUCCUGGGAAACAUAUGACCACACUCAAAGUUCAUUGAUACGAGUGAAAAUAAAUAAAAUUAGAAAAGUGUAACAAAAAUGUUGCAAGCAAUUUGGACUGUUAAUUUAUGGCUUGUCAUCUUGUUAACUGUGUGUAUAGCUUCUGGUGAUGACAGAAUCUUACGUUCAUUUAUUUCAAAUAUAUUUCAACCUUUAAAAUGAACUGUUAAUUAUCAAAUAUAUUUCCCCAGGUAUCUUAUGAUUCACUACCUGUGGUGUUUGGAUAGUUAAACUUCCUUUGAAAUUGUUUCUCAAAAGUGUGGGAAUGAAGUGAAAUUAUGCAGGAUAUAAAGAACUGUAUGCUAACUUAUGCAAAUUAUCUGACCUAUAAACAGAUCAUUUAAAAAAAUGUCAGUAUUACAUAGUUGGCAAUGAGUCAAGCCUGAAUAAUAGAUAACCGUAGUUAAAUAAUAAUUUUUUCUCUGCUACAAAUUAAAAAUAAAUUGCAAGUUCCCAAUUCAACAUUUAAUAUUGUUCCAGAAAUUUCUCUUCAGGAACUCCUUAGAUUUAGUUUCUAACUUGUUGCUGAAGGUUGGUUUAUCACUUAAGACUUGAGAGUCGUUGGGAUAACUUGAGAGUUGAUAGCUAUGCAUGAGCAAUAUGUUUUGGUGUUUAUUUGCAUAAGUGAGGCACAUGCCACAGUCUAAUUAGAAACCAUAGAAACUACAGCACAGAAACAGGCCUUUUGGCUCUUCUUGGCUGUGCUGAACUAUUUUCUGCCUAGUCCCAUUGACCUGCACAUGGACCAUAUCCCUCCAUAAACCUCCCAUCCAUGUAUCUGUCCAAUUUAUUCUUAAAUGUUAAAAAAGAACCCACAUUUACUACCUCGUCUGGUAGCUCAUUCCAUACUCCCACCACUCUCUGUGUGAAGAAGCCCCCCCCACCCAAGUUCCCUUUAAACUUUACCCCCCUCACCCUUAACCCAUGUCCUCUGGUUUUUCUCUCCCCUUGCCUCAUUGGAAAAAGCCUGCUUGCAUUCACUCUAUCUAUACCCAUCAUAAUUUUAUAUACCUCUAUCAAAUCUCCCCUCAUUCUUCUACGCUCCAGGGAAUAAAGUCCUAACCUAUUCAACCUUUCUCUGUAACUGAGUUUCUCAAGUCCCGGCAACAUCCUUGUAAACCUUCUCUGCAUUCUUUCAACCUUACUAUCCUUCCUGUAAUUUGGUGACCAAAACUGAACAUAAUCCUUGCAGUUGUACCACCAUGACUCUCUGCAAGCCAGAAUUCUAUUGGUCUUAACUCACUUAAACCAUCCAUCUGCUGUUGUGCAACGGCCUUUGAAAAUUUGGUACUAGUGAGUAAUAUUUCAAGUUUCAUUAAUUGUGUGUGUUAGUCAGGCUGUUUGCUUUUCUUGCUUGCCUCUCAGUGCUACCUCUUUUCUCUCCAUUUCCUCUUAUGGGUGAUAGCAGAAAUGAUCUACUUGAGUAAUCCCUGUGCCCUGCUUCUCAAAAACCUCCGAUAUUCCAAAGUGCAAAGCCUUGCAUUUUUCCCCUGUUCCUAGAUUUAAUAGAUCUUCAUUUUACCCACCUUUAACCCUAACCUAUAUUGCUUAAUACUGUGCUCUAAGACACAGAAUUUGUUGAAGGGCCAGCCAGGCCCACUGCUUGCUCAUGGAGAAAAGGAAUAGUGGGAGCUAUCAACUGAUAAUAGAUUGGAAAAAGAAUAAAAAGGAUAGGAAAAAAAACAGCGUGCAUUCAACACCUUUAAGACGAUCAAUUCGGCUUAUCUGUACCUCAUCCAUUUACCUGAUUGAUCAUUUUUGAUUGCCUUAAGGUCAAUUAUUUUUCUUGGUAUUUGUGGGGGGGGGGGAACUGAUGGAUGAUUGGAGGUUGACAAGUUCUCCUUUUAAUUUUGCUCCCUUUGGGCUGUCUUCUAUUUUUAUAUGAUAAUGCUCCUUUGUAUUUAUUUAUACUGUAUAUACAUUAAAGUAUGGAAAU